AUGCUUCUCCGAUGGACGAUCUUGUCUUUUUCCGUGCUCUCCUCGUGGUCUUUGGCCAGUAUUACAGUGGCGUUUCACGAAAAGUAUAAAACGAUGGAGGACGUCAAGAAUGGUCAGUUUGGAGGUAAACGAAACGUCGAUGAAAGUGUUGCCUUGCAGCUCAAGAGGAAGUGGUGCAGUACGUGAACCUCGACGAGACGGAACUUCCGGUGACACCCGAACAAAAGCAGAGCACGUUUACGAAUGCCCCGUUGGCAGACGAAGAGGACCCUCUUUUCGCUUUCAACUCGUACGUUUCUUUCUGGACAGACAUUUCGAAUCAAACCAGAAAGUUCAGGUCCGAGUGCCCGGAAGAAGAGUGGAAUCGCGUUCGAACUGACUCGAUUCCGAACAAGCAAUUGCAUGAAGAAUGGGCGGCACGGAACAUUGGCAACCAGAAUUAUCUGUACAAUGAGUCGCCGGGAGUUUUGGCGGCGUUCGCGCACACUGAUAAGAUUGUUGUCACACUGACGGCCGAGAACUAUUUCAAGUAGGUCGAUAAUAUAUAUAUUUUCAAAAUCUUUUGUAUUUCUAGCCGAACAGUCUACUGCCGCUACUAUGAUUGUCGGCGAAAAGAGAUUCCGGAUCAGUUUGAGAGCGUCGUCUAUCCCGAAUCGACAGUAUUCUGUGCGCUUCGAAAGGGAGCAAAGUACAUUUCGAUUACCGAAAACUUGGAGGAGAAGCCUGAAUGGCCGGUGCCGAUCGUUCCGAGAGUUGAAAGUGAGAUGAGCUCCGUCCACACUCGGCCUAAUCUACAAUAUUCAGAACCCCCGCACUACUUCACCGUUUGCAUGGCGACUUUGUACGGCGACGAGCCAAAGUUUCUGCAGAUCGUGGACUUUGUCGAGUAUUACAAACUGCAGGGCGCCACAUUCUUCCACAUUUAUCUGCGGAAUGUGUCGGACUACGACAGACUGCUGCUGGAUGACUAUGUUCGGACCGGCGACGUUGAGAUUGUCAAAAUGCACGAUCACUACUGGCGGGACGAUUUCAUGUGGCAUCACGUUCAGAUCAAUGUGAGCAUACAAUAUCAAUAUGUUAGUAGGUUCGCUGACAAUUAUCGUGUUUAGGAUUGUCAUCAUCGCAACAAGUACUUCUCUAAAUGGACGGCUGUUAUUGACGUGGAUGAGAGAAUCGAGAUGAGGAAUGACAACUACAAAACUAUUGUCAACUUUCUUGAGUGCGCACUCUUACACCUUCAUCUUUUGUACUCUAUUCCUCAAUUCCAGCACAAUCCACGACCCGAACGUAGUCAAUCUUCACUUCAAAAUCCAGUGGGUAAUCAAGGACGCGAAUACUCCGGCCCGGUACGAGAAUGACGAGCAGGUAGUGACUCCAAGCAAACGAUGUAUAGAAUCCAUCACUUCUUCCAGCUAACCUCCGAGAUGCUCGCCCACAAAUAUCAGAACCUGUCAACUAUUGGAAGUUUCUGGACGCAACCGAAAUGUAUCAUUCGUCCAGAGAAGAUUGGAAUGAUGACGAUUCAUGGGCCAUUGGCGGUUUACACGGGAGUUCGUAGGUCGCUCGUCAAUGAGACGAUCGGGGUGGUGAGGUACGGUAGCCAAGGGAGAAGUACAGUAACCGAACACCGUUUAGACACUAUCGUAAUGUGGAGCAGCGGGUGUUUGCGGGCGCGUUGGAUAGAAUGAUGAAGCACGCGCCGUUCAACGUCAUUCCGAUUGCAGAGUGGCUGGAUUUGAAGCUCACGAAGGCGGUACACACUUUUGAAGCGUCUAUGCACACAAUAUUGUGCAUCUUUCAGAUUUUGGAACGAGUCAAAUGGGUCUACGGCACUGUGGACGUUUCUUGCAAGCAGAAGCAUGACAUCUUUCGCAAGCACGGAGGAAUCAGUGCUCCUUGUUGGCUGGAACAUUUGGCUCGGAAGAAAAACGAUACAAACUGA